AUGGAUACGCAGUCUUCUCAGGAUUCGGAGUUUGAAAUCGUAUUCCCAGAGUUGUUUCCAGACACGAGUCCACCGCCUCCUGAUAAACCAAAUAUCCGAGAGGCUGACGCCAACGCCGGGAGCAGUUCUCGGGAGGUCCGCUCCAUUUCAAAUUGGGAAAGCUACGAAUCGCAUGAACUGUACCACCAGGAACCACCAGGACCGCAAACUAAAGCUGCUUCGGCUCUGCGUCUCAAAAUCCCAGCCUUUGGAAAAGAUCUGGAACUCAUAUUGAAUCGGGAUACGCGUUUCUUGUCCCAGAAAUUCAUGGUAGAGAAGAGACCGAAAGCACGAAAGGCAUCUCCGCGCAACCCGCCAGCUUUCUCAUCUGCCAACGCGGAGGCAGCGUGUUAUUACAGCGGAACUGUUCUCAAUUACGCAGGAUCCAUCGCCUCAUUCAGCACCUGCGCCGGUCUGAUGGGCUUUAUUCAGCUCAAUGAAGAUUUUCUUUUCAUCGAGCCUUUGAAUCACACUCUGGCGGUCACGGGACAUGCCCACCGAGUCUACCGGCAAAAGCGCUCGCUGGCCAAACAGUCUGCGCCCAAAUACUGCGGAGUCAUCCCUGAGAAGCAUAAGGGCAAGAGCAAGAAGCACCCAGAGCCGAGCAGAGGGAAGCGCUACUCCUACAAGCUCCAGCAGGAGUACAAUGUGGAGACGCUGGUGGUGGCCGACCCGGCCAUGGUCACUUACCACGGCCCGGAGGCAGCCAAGCGCUUCAUCCUCACCAUCAUGAACAUGGUCUUUAACCUGUUCCAACACAAGAGCCUUGGAAUCCAGAUCAAUAUCCGAUUAACCAAACUGGUCCUGCUCUCCGAGACACCACCAGACAUGUACAUAGGGCACCACGGGGAGAAGAUGCUGGAGAGCUUCUGCCGGUGGCAGCAGGAGGAGUACGGCAGGAAGAGCAUGAUGUCCGACUUCAGCGCCAGGUGGCGGGACGACUCGCCCUCCGUGGACUCGGCCAUCUUCAUCACGAGGAAGGACUUCUGCGUCCAUAAGGAUGAACCCUGCGACACUGUGGGGAUCGCGUACCUCAGCGGCAUGUGCACGGAGAAGAGGAAGUGCAUUCUCGCCGAGGACAACGGCCUCAGCCUGGCCUUCACCAUCGCCCACGAGAUGGGCCACAACAUGGGGGUGAGCCAUGACAACGACCACCCGGCGUGCGCCGACGGCCUCCACAUCAUGUCCGGCGAGUGGAUCAAAGGACAGAACCCGGGAGACGUGUCCUGGUCCACCUGCAGCCGCGAGGACGUGGAGAAGUUCCUCAGGUCCAAGGCGAGCAGUUGCCUGCUACAGACAGACCCGCUCAGUCUGAACUCGGUCAUCUUGCCGUCCAAACUCCCGGGCGCCGCGUACACGGCAGACGAGCAGUGCCAGAUCCUCUUCGGGCCGUCGGCCGCGCACUGUGAGAAGAUGCAGUAUGUGAUGUGCUCUGGGCUUUGGUGCCACUUGGACGGGGAGAAGGACUGCAAGACCAAACUGGACCCCCCCAUGGACGGAACCGAGUGCGACACCGGAAAGUGGUGCCGGGCCGGUGAGUGUGUGAGCCGAGUGGUGCCGCCGGAACCAACGCCAGGUGUGUGGGCCUCCUGGGGGCCCUGGGGAACCUGCAGCCGCACCUGCGGCAGCGGCAUCAGCGCCCGACAGCGCAAGUGUGACACCUCCAGGUCUGGUGGGAAAGGGCAACAGUGCCCGGGCACGGCCAUGCAGUACCGGCUGUGUGAGAACCAGCCGUGCCCCGCUGGCACCCCCAGCUUCAGGGAGCAGCAGUGCCAGACAUUCAACCGCCUCGCCCUCAGCUGGUACGCCGUCAUGGACGACGAGAGGCCGUGCACCCUCUUCUGCUCCUCCUCUGGUAAAGAGCAGCCCAUGCUGUUAGCCGAGAAGGUCCUUGACGGCACCUCCUGUGGGACCCUGGAGUCCGGCAUCUGUGCCAACGGGACGUGUCAGAAAGUGGGGUGUGAUGGUAUCCUGGGCUCCCAGGCCAGAGAAGACCACUGUGGCGUCUGCAACGGGAACGGCAAGUCCUGCAAAGUCAUCAAGGGGGACUUCAAUCACACUCGUGGAACAGCAGGUUAUGUGGAGGCUGUGGUCAUCCCUAAAGGAGCUCGCAGAAUUCGGGUGGUGGAGGAGAAGCCAGCACAGAGUUACCUGGCACUGAAGGAUGCCGGCAAGCACUCGAUCAACAGCGACUGGAAGAUCGAGCACCCGGGCACGUUCAACAUCGCCGGCACCACCGUGCACUACGUCCGCCGGGGACUCUGGGAGAAGAUGUCUGCCAAGGGGCCCACCACUUCCCCUCUGCACCUUAUGGUGUUGCUCUUUAAUGACCAGAACUAUGGCAUCCACUACGAAUACACCAUUCCAACUGAUCCCAGUCCAGAACCCAAGGCGCCGCCGGUACCCCGGCCCAGUGAGCCGCUCUUCAUGUGGACACACUCGGGCUGGGAGGACUGCCAUGCGGUGUGUGGAGGAGGUGAAAGGAAGACUGUUGUCGCUUGCACCAAAAUUGUCAACAAAACAAACAGUGCGGUGGACAGCCGUAAGUGUCGUCACCUGACCAAACCAGAGCCUCAAGUGCGCAAGUGCAACGAGCAGCCCUGCCAAACAAGGUGGAUGACGACCGACUGGACGGCGUGCUCGCGCACCUGUGGGAAGGGCUCCCAGAACCGGCAGGUGGCCUGCACCCAGCAGCUGCCCAACGGCACGCAGGUCAAGGCCCGGGACCGCGACUGCGCCGGCCAGAAGCCGGCCUCCUCGCAGCGCUGCGAGGGCCAGGACUGCCUGACCGUCUGGGAGGCGGGUGUGUGGUCCGAGUGCUCGGCCAAGUGCGGCCGGGGAGCGCGGCACCGCCUGGUGAAGUGCACCAACCCGCGCAAGAAGUGCGACCUGAGCACGCUGCCGCGCGAGGUGGAGGAGUGCGAGGACUACUCCAAGUGCUACGUCUGGAGGACCGGGGACUGGGCCAAGUGCUCCGUCACCUGCGGGAAAGGAAUGCAAUCCCGAGUCAUCCAAUGCAUGCACAAGAUCACCGGGCGCCACGGCAACGAGUGUUUUUCGUCUGAGAAACCAGCUGCGUACCGACCCUGCCAGCAGCAGCCCUGCAACGAGAAGAUCAACGUCAACACCAUCACCUCGCCGCGUUUAGCUGCCCUGACGUUCAAGUGCCUGCGGGACCAGUGGCCGGUGUACUGCAAGGUCAUCCGGGAGAAGAACCUGUGCACGGACAUGCGCUGGUACCAGCGCUGCUGUGAGACGUGCCGGGACUUUUACGCACAGAAAAUGCAGCAGAAGAGUUGACCUGCGCUGCGCUCCCCCCGA